ACGAAGUUCAGAUGAAGCCCGAAAGAUGGCUUUCAGCACAUACGCCAGCAGACUGAUCAUUAAUAUAAAAGAUCUCUUGGCUGUACAUAGAGUUGAAAAGCAAAGAGUUGAAUUCAAAAGGUCUUGGAAUACAGGAGCUACUUCAUGGCAAAUUCUUCACACCAUUUGCGCUUUUGCAAAUGACUACAUGAAUGACGACGGUGGCUACAUCAUUAUAGGUGCAGAAGACAAGCCUUCGGAGGACGGGCAAUUGCAAGUCAGUGGUAUUCUCGAAUGGAAUCUGGACAAGAUUCAGAAGCAGUUGGUAGGAUUAUGCAAAGGAAACAUCAAGCCAGAGUAUCAUCCCAUACUCUCACCUGAGAUAUACGAAAAUAAGCAUGUGUUUGUGAUCUGGGUGACAGCAAGUGAAAAUGGCCCACAUCAGUGUAGAGAAAGCGGCAAGGGGGAAUUUCAGUAUUACAUAAGAAGAGGAACGCAGACUAUAAAGGCCUCACCAGAGGAAAGAGAUGAACUACUGCGGAUGCAGAAUAAGAUACCUUUCGAUGACAGGAUGGCUGUCGACUCAGGUAAGGAUUUCAUGAGGUUCCGAUCCGAGAAAGGCUCGAUAAGGCCUUCUAAAACCAUAUCUAGUCGUAUAACUGAAUCCCAGUUGUAGUCGCUUCUCAAAGCAGCUUCAAAAGAUUGUGAGGGGGACCAGUGUGGUUUUCGUUAAAAAAUUAUAGAUUGUGAUGACGCAAGAGAGAUUGCAAAUUGUUCUUAAAAUUUUUAAAGCUCAAAGCAUGUUAGUUGUCAGUCGACUUCGCUCCAUCGACAUUUAACAGACUUAAUUUUCUUCAUGCAUCCUACGGCUGCUGCAUUAAGUUAUAGGUUGGAUCUUUUUUCUGAAAAAAAAGGAAUACCCAUUUCGUUUAAUUAAUAGUUGGGUAACGACAUGAUAGAUAUAGCUGGCCUCCUUACUACCUUCUUAGUGAGUAAACUUCAGAUUUAUGCUAAUUUAUCAUCCAAGUACAUAUUAAGAAAGCCGGCACUGCUGUGCAGUUUAUCAUGACGUCAACAACCCCAAUUUUGAUGCGACAGUAGUUGCCCCUUUUCAUCAGCAUCUAUAACUGAACUAAAGUCGCUCAGUUUUAUGCUAUGUAGCUAAUAAUUUCAACUUUUGUCCUGAAAAGAAGUUCUUGGCAAAAUGUCAGGCAAAACAGAUUCGGUGUCGGAUCACAAAAAGAUUUCCGCAUACGUCAGAAAACUCACAAGCAUAUAUAUACUUCUUUCGUAAUACUGUUUCGAACGAAUUAACAAGAAGGGAACAAGAACGUUUUGAUUUCUUGGACUAAACUGAGCAUUUCUCAUAGAUUUCAUGUAGAAGUUAUAAUAGACUUAAUUUGCGUGACAUCAAUUCAGGUUUAAACCGGAUGCCUUACCAUUCCAUUGACGUGCAUGACCUAGACAAGGCUCAAACUACUGCGGUGAGGGUAAGAAUCACAGGCGGCCCAAGCUCAGUGGGAGAGUUUAAUCAUUAAUACAUGUGGUUUCAUAUUGCGUAAUCCUUAAAAUGACCGUGACCGUCAAGUAGAUAAAUACUCGCUAGAAUUUUCAAUAAAAUACAGCUUACCGUCUAUAUCUACUUGAGUCUUUUACCUGUGAAUUCCCAUACAAGAUCCUUUAUAAUCACGGUCAUUUUAAGGAUUACGCAAUAUGAAACCACAUGCAUUAACGAUUAAACUCUCACACUUGGGUCAUCUGUGGCGGAAUGGCAGGUGGCAUGGGCUUGCGGAAUGACAUAAAUAUCCAGAAUCAAGAACCAUUAUGGCUCUUGGCAGAAUGUAAUGUAUAGAAAAUUGCGCAAAGAAAUAAAUUAAACAGAAAAGUAUGCGCGCGUCUUUGCCGCGCCUUUUUUGAGGGAUCAUCCACUUUGCCGGUCAGUUUAUUACUGCUGGAUCAACAAGGCAGAGCAGCAUGGAUUGUGGAGGAAAUCUUUUCUACUAGCGGUAAGCUUCACUGCAUUUCCCUCCCACUUAUUCCUUGCAUGCUAAGUAAUAAAUAAGCACUGACAGCAUAUAUUUCGUGUCUUACGUAACGUAACCUGUUCCAGGCGUUCAGAUCGUGGGGUCAGCGCAAAGAGAUAUGUGAGUAGAAAAAAAAUAACGAAGGGGUGGGGUGGUGUGGGUCUUUUCCUCCUUACUUUUUUCUCGCUCUCUUCCUUCGCGUCGCACUCCACUAUCCGAACGCCUGGAACAGGCUAUACGUAACGCCACCACUCAAACGUUUUAAUCUGUAAUCCAGAAAUUACGGUGGCCCGUAAUUGUGUUACGGCAAUUUCAAUUGGUUCACGGCAAUUUCAAUUUACUCGCGGCAAUUUCAAUUUGUUCACGGCAAUUUCAAUUUUACUCACGGCAAUUGCAAUUUACUAACAACAAUUUCAAUUUCUCGAGCAAUAAGCCCCAAGUACAUUGUAGGUUAUAUCCCAUAAGACAGCAUGAGAGGCUCUCUAUUAAACUUAGAAAGCUCCAACAAGCUAAGUCUAGCAGAAAGAACACUGCCCGUAAUGUAAACUUAGCACAGCCUUCCACUAGCGCGCACUCGGCGCCAAGAAUUAACAAUGUACAAAACAGUGAUGUACAUAGGCUAGCAAACACUCUAAGAGCCAAGAUCAACGAACUUGACGAAGUUUUGAAUGUAAUCAAAACCGCUCCUGAGAAUAAACGAUGUGCUUCUUAUCCCCGUUUAUUAUCUGAGUCUAGAAAUAAGGAGAAAAGCAAAAGAUAAUUCAAAAAGCAAAAAACGGUUUUCAACCGAAAGAGAAAAGAACGCAAUAGAAACAGAGGCAAAAUGCGUUACAACAACACAUGGGAGAUGCUCGCUCCGGGUUAUGGGUUCCUGAAAUAACGUACAAUGCACUUGGGGCUUAUUGCUCGAGAAAUUGAAAUUGCCGUAAAUUGAAAUUGCCGAGAAUAAAUUGAAAUUGCCGUGAGUAAAAUUGAAAUUGCCGUGAGUGAAAUUGAAGUUGCCUUGAACAAAUUGAAAUUGCCGUGAGUAAAUUGAAAUUGCCGUGAACAAAUUGAAAUUGCCUUGAGUAAAAUUGAAAUUACCGUGAACAAAUUGAAAUUGCCGUGACACUUUUGGGCCACCGUAAGAAAUCGAAUGAAGCGAACUGCUGUCUAACUCGACUAACCCCUUUCGGCCUCUCCGCGUCUCUUCGCACCUCCUUUGUUUGUGUAAGUGUGCAAGGAAACCAAAGGAAGCCAAGGAAACAAAAUACAAGAUUUGAUCUAAAAGUGAAACCUCCUUUUAAUCCAACAAAAACUAAGCUACUAAGAAGAAAUCUUCAAAUCCCCCCGCUUAACUUUAGGAGCCUUCGGCAUCAGUUUACAUUUAGAGGGAGGUGUUUAAAGCAAACACACCUGAAAUGAAUAACAAUUCAAGAAAGACAAGUAGCCCGCCUGAACUGUUUCAAAAAAUCUCACUAUCUGUAGUCUUACGAUCGUACGCGUGUUUUGAGCUAAAUACCUAAUAUUUCUUGAAAAUUUUUCUUUAAAAACCCAUAAGUUAAUCCUUAAUUGCGAUUUACACAAGUAAAAUCGGCUGAGCACAUGGCAAAAUUCAACAUAAAAUUAAUUUCAAAUCGGAGCACAUUUUGUAGUUUUUUUUUUUUUUUUUUCACGCCGAUGUCAAAAUUUACAAAAAGUCUAUGGAACCUUUAAAAAUACAAAAAUUCCCCUGUAAAAAAGGAACUUUUCUUGACCAUAGAGUAGAGAAUGUACUGGAAAUUAUGCCGCCUUGGUUGCUUCAAAACAGAGCGCUCCGCCGUGAAGAAAACAAGGUUGAAUUCCUCCAAGGACAGUUUCGUAACGAAAAGCUUUCGUUUUUCCACAAAAAGGGAAACUGAGCAUUCUUGAUCAUGCAUUCCACCGUCUCACGCGGUUUCAAAGACAAAUAAAGGUUAAAAAACCUGGGAAGUUAAUCGUGUAAAUUUGCAGAAAAAAAUUAAAGCGGAAGCGAGCGCGACCUUCCAAAACAUCUUUUCUUCAAUGGCCGACUUUCGUGAUGUAGUAUCAAUGCUACCAUGCAGCCCGACUGAAAAAAGGCAAGUAGAAUCUUUGUGGCUAUGCGAAAAAGGCUAAUCGGCAGUAAGAACUGAAGGAGUCCUUCGUGAAUUUUUGAUCGGUCGUCGUAGUCGUGCCCGCAACAAAGGCAACAUUAAAAAAAGCGGCUGCCUUUACAAAUAAUAUUGGCGCCAAAAAGGGCGCACUUUUCAGUUUGAUCUAUUUCUUUGAGUCAUUCUGCAUAUAUUUCAUCCCCAUAAUAUGUUAUUCCGCAAGCCAUGCCACAUGCCAUUACACAAACUCACCAUGAUAGUUAUUAAAGUGGAAUGGUUGGGAAACUCGUUAGACUCCGUUGGACCUGACCGUGCACAACGUUCAAUAGCAUUCCUAUCAUUUUGAACUUGCUGACCAAAAGAAACAUCGCAUUAAUUUAUUCAGUCACAAUUUGGGAACAGAAAACAAAGGAUUGUGCACGGUCAGGGAGCUUUCAACAUAAACUACAGCACCAUUGUUUUCAACUUUGAUGUUUGCCGGUUUUCGUACAGUAACCAGUCUCCUUUACUAACUAUGCGCUCACCGAAACUAUUGCUGUAACUGUAGCCUGUUCCAGGAAAAAAAAGGGGGGUGGCGGGAAAAAGGAAGCGAGACAGGAACAUUUUGAUUGGCUUUAGUGUUUGGCAUGAUUAUGUGCUGUUUAAAAACGAGCAGGAGUGUAUUAUCAAGUUUAAAAACUCGAGGCGAAGCCGAGUGAUUUUAAACCUGAUAGUACACGAGUGCGAGGUUUUUGAACGGCUUCAAAAUUAAUUCAUUUUAAUAUUUAGAUUUGGGCUUAUUUUGGUCCAAAAAUUGGACGUAAAUUUUAGCCGUAUGUUUAUCAGAUAUAGGCCCCGUCCACACGUAUCCGGAGAUUUUUGUAUCCGCAAAUUUUUUUAUGCGGAUACACCUAGCGUCCACACGUAUCCGCCGUAUACGCUCGGUGUAUCCGGAGAUUUCUGUAUACGCUCUCCAGAGUGGAAAUUUCUGUAUACGCUGUGUAUCCGGAUACGUGUGGACGCUCGUAUCCGUAUAUUUUUGUAUACACGGAUACGAAUCGGAUACGUGUGGACGGUCGUAUACGAUUCGUAUACGCUACGUGUGGACGCAGAUAUUUUUGUAUCCGCAUAAAAAAAUUUGCGGAUACAAAAAUCUCCGGAUACGUGUGGACGGGGCCAUAGACACGCAUUAAACGUUUUCUUUUGUUUUCUCUUUAUGACUUAUUAACGAUUUUUUGAAAGGUUAAUAAAGUGACAGAUCGUCACACCUACUUAUAACAGUUUUUUAAAAAAACAUGUUUCUUUUCAUUGUAAACUGUUAAACUACUCCCUGCGUAGUCAAUCAAACUGGUUCGGUAAUCGAAGACCAUCGAACACUCAAUCGAAUUAAAUGAAUUCAUGGAUUGAGUGAGUUAGGUCAUCUAAUAAUUUAUUAUCAAACCAUUCGAAAUCGAAUUAAUCAAACACAACCAAAGUCAAUCCACUGGAUUGUGUUCGAUUUAUUUUUCCAAGUUUCAAAGCGAACAAGGAUGCAGUUUGUUUUUAAAUCUAUUUUUCCGCGAAAGUCCUAUUUUGUUGUUUAAAUGACUUUUUUGAGUGAGUUCGAUUACGUUUGAUCAAACUUCUAACUUUCGAACUCAUGCAAUCCAUGGAUUCAGAGUUCCAUUGAGUUCGAUCGAAAGACCCAUUGAAAGUUUGUUCGAAUUCAUUAGAUUGACUUCCCUGAGACUAUUGAGAAAAUUUCCGAACAUUCUUAUCAGCUGAUUUCUACAACGGGGUGAAACUGGUCCUUAUAUAUUUUCGCAGAGAGAGGAAACCAGCUCACCGAAAAGAACAUUAGCUCAAGUCUUGUUAAAGAGUUUCUGAGCGAUAUCGGCAGUAACAUUUGUGAUCAAGACCUCCGUUGUCCCCGGCAGCUUUAUGAAAACAUGCGUCUGGUGAGAAAUUUCGGAGAUAAACAGCAGGGAGGAAAACUGGUGAAAUGUUUAGUCCCUCGGAAUGUCGCAUUGCUUUUCUUCAAUGAAACUCCAAGCGACUAUUUUCCAGGAGCAAAGACAGAAGUAACCAUAUAUGAUCAAGACAAGAAUAUUGCGCAUGAAGACGAGUAUGUAGGGCCAAUAGACCAACAAGUGAGCGACACACUGGAAUACAUACUAAGGGAAACAAAGGACAAAGAGGAAGAGUCCCUUGCCUAUGUUUUGUAUCCUAGAAAAGCUCUCAGGGAGGCCGUGGUGAAUGCCUUUUAUCACCGAGGUUAUGAAACGGAACAUUCUGAUCCUGUGAAAGUCCGUAUCUACCCCACCCACAUCGACAUCAUAAGUUACCCUGGCCCACACCCAAGUCUCAAGCCCGAGCACUUCAUGGAAGACAGCGAUAUGCCUCCUGUAAAAACUAGAAACAGAAGAGUGGGAGAAUUUCUGGUCAAAAGAAAAUUGGCCGAAGAGAAAGGGACAGGAGUACGAACUAUUUUCCGUUCAAUGAAAGAGAACGGAAAUUACACACCAGAUUUUCAGUUUGAUGAAACAUAUUUUCGGGUUCGUCUUCCCGGGCACCCGAAAUUUAUGGUGCGCGGUAUUCUUAAGACAGUGAACAAUCUUUGCGCCAGUGGUGCGAAACAAAAGGCGGUGGAGAUGCUUUUGGGAUUUUUGAAGCGAAAUCCCCAGAUACGACACAAUAGUCUUUUACUCAAGUUAAUGGAGCUGCAUGACCACAACAAGAAUCACCCAAAUGUCCAGCCGUAUAAAGAGCACUUCUCUCAACGUCUUGAGCGGCGCCUUACUUUAUCAUUAGCACUUCAGGAAUGGUCUAAAUCUUCAUCGCUGCCGGCGCUUAAUAUCGAGGCUGGCGCUGAAAUCAUAAGAAAGCUUGUCAAAGAAGAUGCAGAUGCAGAUGACCUGCAGAUAGCCAAGCAAAUUGCUGUCGCCUUUUUCCAAGAGAAGUGCGAGAAUUCUCCUGAGGGGAAAGAACGUGCGCUGGAUAAUUAUCGGAAAGCGCACCAGCUCUUCGACGCAAUGGGCAAGGUAAUCAAAACUGACGCUUACUUGUCUUUCCAGUUUGCCUGCUGCAAAUUUAAUCUCUUCAUGAAAAACACGGCAAAAAAGAGCCCCAGAGAGCGAAAGGAACUAUUGUCUUCCCUCACGGAAGCUGAAGUGUGUGUAAACGAUGCCGUACAGCUGACAAGCGAGGAGAACACCAAGCAUUUGGCAUACCAGUAUCGCCAACUAGGAUACAUCCACUCUCAACUUCUUGGGAUGAAGAAAUCAACUCAUAAGGAUGUUAUCGAUAACCUCGACAAGGCACGGUUUUACAACCCAGAAAUACGUUUCAAUGAAUUGUUAGUACAUCAAGAUUGCAGAUCUCGGUACAAACAAACAAGGAGCCCAGACGAAUAAUUGGUCCCUCUUUAAUUGUUGGUUUUUUUUAUUAUAGAUGUUGACCCAGAAUUCACUGCUUCUAUAUUUCAAGCAUCUUAAAUCUUAUCAAAGAGUUUUAAAACUCAGUUUUAUUCUAGAAUUAUUUCUAUAGUGAAAUCAGUCUCAUUGAUUAGAAAAUGGUGUGUGCAUCUACCGUGUUUUUUUAACCCUUCAAAACUAUUCUAGAAACCUCCCGAUAAUAUACAGUGCAAAUCUCCAGAUCUUCUGUUUCCACUGAUGUCAACAUACGGGUCCGCCAAAUCUCUCGGAUUCGUAAAAUUCCGAAAAUAAGCCGCGGGGCUUAAAUUUUUUAAAGGCCCUUUUUGAGGGGCUUAUUUUUGGAGGGGCUUAUAUACGGAGGGAAAUUUGUGUUUCAAAAUCGGCUAGACUUAUACUUGGCAGGAAAUUUGCGUCUCAAAAUUCAUUGGGCUAACUUAUAAUUGGAAGGAAAUUUAUCUCAGUAAUUUGCAGAAAGGACGUAUAUCUUUCUAAAACGCAGACAUGCAAAUACUUUGUUUACAUAGAACAAGAAUGAAGAAGCCAAGAAUGAAGAGUGAGCCACGCAAACAGCAAUUAACUGUUACACUUUCUGACUGCACACGUAUUAGUUCUUGGCAAAUGCAAAAAUUUAUGUGUUACUGUACAGUUUUCGCUUUGCUUAUUUGAAUUUGAGGGCAAUUUCCAAGUACAAGCCCCGGGUGGCUUUUAUUCGGAGGGGCGUUUUACCGGGGGGUUUUUUGCGUUAUGAGUUUGGGGGGCCUAUAUUUGGAGGGGCUUAUUUUCGGAAUUUCACGGUAUACUUCUGCUAGAACCUGGAAUUUAGCACCAAAUUUCCUCAAUGAAACCGGUUUCUGGCGCGGGCAUUUUUGGACGUCUUCCCUCUCUGACAAAAAUCAUUUUUUCGCCAUGUCAUGGAAGAGACUGUUGAUUGUCGUUGCCUUAUGCGAAACCUGCGAUCAGGCGUUAUUUUUUCAGGGAAAGGGGGGAAAAAGCACUCGUCUUCCAAACAAAAAUGGAAGAAAGACCACUUAAUCACAGGUUAACUCAUGCAAGAUUACAUACAGUAAAAACCCCGUGAGUAAGGACCUCCAUUUUCCCAAGUGAGCCAAAACAGGUUCUUACAUAUUAAAUGGUAAUUAGCACAAAUUAAGGCAAUUUGGGUUCUCUAUAAUAAAUAGGUUCUUAUUUCCUGAAGAAAAACAUACAUGGUAGCUACGAGUAUUUCCAAGAGAGGAUAAAGGGGACAGAGAAGGCAUCCACCAUACACACCCUAUUCCAUAGGUAAUUCGUCUCGAGUUAUUUUUAGAAUCGGGAUAAAGUUACCUCGCGCGCUGCGUGGGUGUUUCGUGGAGGUUUCGCAUGACUAAACGCCGUGCAAAACAUGUCGGGCGAAAGGCAAUGAAAGCGUAAAGAGAUCGAGAGCAUUCCUGAAUAUUGAAGCGAAAUGAGUCGGCGCUCACCUGGGAAAAGGGAAUCGCUGAACUCUUUGACAACCCGUGAAAUCAGUUUAACGCGAAGUUGUCGUAACCUCAGUGCUUUAAUAAAAUGAGAAAUUUCCCCGGUCUAUUGAAACCGGUCGUUUGUACAAUAAAGCAAGUAGGACGCCAAGUAUUAUGUUUGUUGAAUAAUAAAAGACUAAUAAAAGAAUAAAUAUCAAACCAGAAAUUGCUCUCUUCAAACUGUAAAUUAUAAAUGAUCCUGAGAGAAUAUUCAGUGUGUUAAGGAUUUCCCUGCUGCACUGUUAGCUCUAUACAAGAGAGGAAGGGCGAUUCUUUUAUAAUUUCCGUUUCGCUGACACAGCUUUAGCAGAAAUCUCGCUGUAGUCGUUUUCGUCGACCAAACGAAUAGCAAUAUCGCUCUCCGCGUCUUCCGCCAUUUUGUUCUGCGUCAAUUCGUAAAGGACCGGCGUGCCUCUUAGCCUGGGUCAUCCACGCGGAACACAUUUGCGCUAUGUGAUUGGCUGUUGUCUAACCCCCCUUGAGAUCUGUGGUGUUAAAAAUAACUCGAGACAAAUUACCUAUGGAAUAGGGUGUGUAUGGGGCAUGCCCUCUCUGUCCCCUUUAUCCUCUCUUGGUAUUUCGUGGUAUUCAUCGUAUUUCUUAUAUGGAAUCUGGAUAUGGUACCAAUUGGUAUUUAUGUAAAAAUGACUUUAAGAAGAACGACUUAGGCCACACUGACCGCAUGAAUUUUGAAGUUCUUUUGCCCAAAUGUACAGAAUAGAUUUUGUAGAUUUUAGCGAAGAACCUGUUGCAAAGUUUGUAGGCUAAACAGGUUCUGGUAUCAAGGGCACCAGCCUAAUCCGCAAAAAUUAGUCUGACAGGUUCUUAAAGACCAGGUUCUCGCUCGCGGGUUUUUACUGCAUGCUCUGGACCAUGCCUACGUCAUUAUUUGGUGACUGGCUGGUGGGUCGAUUUAUAUGUAUCGGGCAUGAGGCUUCGUAACAGUAAGGUAGUUUGAUAAUCAGUGGACAAGGGUCCUAAAAACUGAUAUAACAUCCAGGUUCAAAAUCUCCAGAAGUUGGUAUCUCUGUUUAUAAAACGUUGUAUUUUCUUGUAGAUUUAAGUAUUUUUAAAAUUUGUUAAACUGUGAUUAAAUUGCAUGAGCUAUGGAGGAGUAUUUUAGCUGCAGUUAUGAAAAAUUCAAUUCUGAUGUAGUUAUUAGAUAGCAUACUUUAGUGACUACAAAAAUUGCUGCAUAUUGUCCAGUUUAAUGGUAAGCAGUAGGUCAUCAUC